CAGCUCUCUGUCGACGGUGUGUAACGCGUCUCAGAACGGCAGCCGAUUGGUUCAGCUGGACAGUGACAUCACAGAACGAGUGGAUUCAGCGCAGCAGUUCGCCGCCAUCGCCCAAUCAGACGCCUCGCUGGCUGCCAACAUGAGCGUCCGAUCAGAGCUGCUGCUGUCAGAAGUAGGCGGAGCCAGACUGAAUGCCAGCGUCGCCGUCUUAGCAGGAAGUCGGCGGGUCAACGAAUCCGCUGCAGAGCUGCAGCUGAAUGUCUCCAUGGCAACCAGCCGAUUGGGAUUGGUCAGAGACAGCAUGCGUAGCUCUAGCCUACUCCUUCGUCAGCCAAUCGUAGAGCUGCAGAGCCUGUCCAAUGCAUCCUCCCCCCUCCUCCAUGCUGCGAUGCUCCAGGCCGCUGCAGCCUCCUCCGGCCUCCAGCAGGCGCUGCAGCGGCUGCACCGCCUCCACCUGCAGCUGCAGCACUCUUCUUCUGUGGUGGACAACACCAACAACACCGUGAGGGAGACCAACCAGCUGGUGACACACACACACACUGCAGCCAAUGAUGCGCAGCGUAAGCUGGAGGAGGCGGAGCAUCGUACGGAGCGUCUGAUGGAGCGGAUCAAGCCGCUGAGCAUGCUGGGAGAAUCUCUGAGCAGGAACCUGUCUGACAUCAGAGAGCUGAUCGAGCAGGCCCGACGCCAAGCCGCCUCGAUUAAGGUGGCGGUGCAGGCCGACAGAGACUGCAUUCGCUCCUACCGGCCUCAGAUCCUCUCCAGCAACUUCAACACCCUGAGUCUGGUCGUCAAGACAACCAGCCCCGAAAACCUGCUCUUCUUCUUGGGCAGCAACACCACGGUGGACUUCCUGGCUGUAGAGAUGCAUGCUGGGAAGGUGUCUUUGGUGUGGGACGUGGGCUCAGGCAGCAGCAGGCUGGACUUUCCUGGACUGGACAUCAGCAACAACAAGUGGACCAGAAUCAAUGCCACGCGGUUCGGGGCCCACGUCUUUCUGUCGGUCCAUCAGCUGGAGGCGGAGGUGGCGCCGUUGCCCGCGGUGACGGCGACGUCACCGGGCCCGGCCCGAGUUUUAGACAUCGACAGGAACUCUGUGAUCCACGUCGGAGGACUCGGAGCGGAGACCCGGCGGGCGGCAGCGCUGCGGGCCGACAGCUUCCACGGCUGUCUGGGGGAAGCCUCGCUCAACGAGAAGAACAUCGGACUCUGGAACUACGAGCACCGGAGCGGAGCGUGUGGAGGCUGCUUCAGCAGUCCCCAGGCAGAGGAGACGGCCUUCCACUUUGAUGGAUCUGGCUUCUCAUUGGUUCAGAAGUCUCUGCGAGCGACCUCCACCUCCAUCGUGCUGCUGUUCAAAACUCUGUCGCCGGGCGGAUUACUGCUCUACCUGGCCUCCAACAACACUAGGGACUUCCUGUCCAUGGAGCUGGUGGAGGGGCGUGUGCGCCUGACCUUUGACCUGGGCUCCGGGGCUCUAAUCUUGACCUCCAGCAGGAAGUACAACACGGGGGUGUGGUACAAGGUCACUCUGCAGAGGAGCAAGCGCAAAGGUUACCUGUCCAUCAUGCCUUCUGACCAAUCAUCAGAGAAGGAGGUGUUGGAGGCGGAGUCUCCCGGCUCGGCCUCGGACCUGAACCGCUCCGACUUGGACCCCAUCUACAUCGGGGGGCUUCCUGCCUCCCGCCCAAUCAGGCGACAGGUGGUCUCUAGGUCCUACGUGGGGUGCAUAAAGAACGUGGAGAUCGCCCGGUCCAACUUCGACCUGCUGAGGGACGCGUACGGCGUCCGCAAGGGCUGCGUCCUCGAGGCGGUUCGCAGUGUCUCCCUAUUGGCCGGCGGCUUUGUUCAGAUCGCUGCGCCGUCACUCGGUCAGGAGGCGGAGCUUCUGUUCUCUUUCUCCUCCCUCAACCAAUCAGGAGUCCUGCUGGCGGCCUUCAGCGAGGAGCGGACAAAGAGACAGGUGAGACAGAGACAGACAAGUGACUCCUUCCUGUCUAUGAGUGACUCCUUCCUGUCUAACAGUGACUCCUUCCUGUAUAAGAGUGACUCCUUCCUGUCUAACAGUGACUCCUUCCUGUCUAACAGUGACUCCUUCCUGUCUAUGAGUGACUCCUUCCUGUCUAACAAUGACUCCUUCCUGUCUAACAGUGACUCCUUCCUGUCUAACAGUGACUCCUUCCUGUCUAAGAGUGACUCCUUCCUGUCUAACAGUGACUCCUUCCUGUCUAAGCGUGACUCCUUCCUGUCUAACAGUGACUCCUUCCUGUCUUAG